CUUCACUACUACCAAUAUCACAAUGGAGCAAGUUAUUCAAAAAAGCUGUUCCGAUAUUGAUUCUCAUGUGUUAAAUUAUUGUUCUGGAUAUGCAAAUGAUGCAUUGAAAGACGUAGACGAAGUCUCUGAGCAUGUUAUUACCCUGAUUCGCGAUUUAUUGCUUGAUGCCGGUGCGAAGCAAGAUGCCGUUCAGGCCAUCCAGACUGAGCUUUUGAAGCGAUUCGAAGAACGUGAACAUAAUCUUGAUAAAUUACAAACAAACAAAUUGGUUCGAUUGAAAGAAACAAUUCUUAUGGAUAAACAAUCGGAAAUUUCAUCCACGAUGGGUUUAGUUGGUGAAAAGGUUGACUUGGAUUCAGUAAAGGGACGCAAGGUAGAAUCUCGUGUUGAUAAAAGAAAGUUAGAAAAAGCUGAGAGGAAGAUUCGCGCCAAAUGGGAAAAGCGUACUAUUAAGGCUGAAUACGAAUCCUCUAGAUUGAUUCAACCGGAACAAAAAUCUUACGAAGAGUUUUACAUGGCAGUUAAUCCUCUUGACAUGUCAUCAUCUAAUCAAGGAAAGACAAAAGAUAUUAAAGUCGAUGGUAUUGACCUUGCUUUUGCUGGUCUCCGUAUCUUGACGGGCGCCUCGUUAACCUUGGCUCAAGGAAGACGUUAUGGUCUUACCGGUCGUAACGGUAUUGGUAAGUCUACCUUGCUGCGUGCUCUUUCUCGCCGUGAGGUUGCUAUUCCUACUCACAUUACAAUUCUUCACGUCGAACAGGAAAUGGCUGGUGAUGAUACUCCAGCUUUGCAGUCUGUCCUUGAUGCUGAUGUUUGGAGAAAGUAUUUACUGAAGGAUCAAGAAAGCAUUACUGGACGCUUGUCGGUCAUUGAACGUGAAUUGGAAGAAUUAGGAAGAGAUCAAGAGGCUGAUCAAGCAAUUCCCCGUCGCUUGGAACGGGAACGUGAUGAUCUUGACAUUCAUUUAAUGGACAUUCAAAAUAAGCUUGCAGAAAUGGAUGCUGAUGGUGCAGAAGCCCGUGCUGCUACUAUCUUGGCUGGUCUUGGUUUCACACCCGAAAUGCAGUCAUAUGCUACAAAAACGUUUUCAGGUGGUUGGCGUAUGCGUCUUUCACUCGCUCGUGCUUUGUUUUGCCAACCUGAUCUCUUACUUUUGGACGAACCGUCAAAUAUGCUUGACGUUCCUUCCAUUGCCUUUUUGUCCGAAUAUCUCCAAAGCUACAAGAAUAUCGUACUUGUUGUUUCCCAUGAUCGUUCUUUCUUGAAUGAAGUUGCUACCGAUAUAAUUCAUCAACACUCGGAGCGCUUAGACUAUUACAGAGGUAACUUUAGCCAGUUCUAUGCUACUCGCGAAGAACGUUGUAAAAAUCAAAUGCGUGAGUAUGAAAAGCAAAUGGAAUACCGUAAGCAUUUGCAAAGCUUCAUUGAUAAAUUCCGUUACAAUGCUGCCAAGUCCUCUGAAGCUCAAAGUCGUAUCAAAAAACUUGAAAAGCUUCCUGUCCUUGAAAAACCUCAAACCGAUGCCGACGUUGAAUUUGAGUUCCCUCUCGUUGAGAAAAUUUCUCCUCCUAUUUUACAAAUGACUGAUGUGUUCUUUGAAUAUGUUCCAGGACGGCCUGUUCUUAAGAAUGUUGACAUUGAUGUGCAGAUGGAUUCCCGAAUCGGCGUUGUAGGACCCAAUGGUUCAGGUAAGUCUACUAUGUUAAAGUUACUUAUUGAACAAAUACAUCCUACAUCUGGUCUUGUUAGUCGUCAUCCUCGUCUACGGGUUGCUUAUUUUGCCCAACAUCAUGUUGACACCUUGGAAUUGAAUUUAAAUGCGUUGAGUUUCUUAGCAAAAAAUUACCCAGGAAAAGGAGAAGAAGAGUACCGUAGGCACUUGGGUGCUUUCGGCAUUACUGGACCUUUGGCAUUGCGAAAGAUGGUUACUCUUUCCGGUGGUCAAAAAUCUCGUGUUGCUUUCGCUUGUUUGGGUCUUCAGAAUCCUCAUAUCUUAAUUCUUGAUGAACCUACUAACCAUUUGGAUAUGGAAUCGAUGGAUGCAUUGACAAGGGCUGUUGAACGAUUCCAAGGUGGUGUAAUUCUUGUAUCUCACGAUGUUGAUUUCUUGGAUAAGACUUGUAAGAGCAUUUGGCAAUGUGAUAAUUAUAUGGUCUCUAAAUUUGAUGGCACCAUUGCUCAAUACAAGAAGUACUGCCUAUCUCAACAACCCACAAUGACAGCAAAGGUACAGUAAAUUGACGUUGAAGCAAAUAACACAAUUAUUUGGAAAUGAAUUAGAAAACUACAAAAACAUAAAACUGGUUUUUGCAAAGACAGGGAUAGUUAUUGAAUAAUAUUACGGGAGUUAAUGAACAGCUAUAUAUGAGAAACUUCAUCGUUAGCUAAAGAAAAUCGUAACCAAGGCAUCUAAGAAAACAACUAAAAGAAAAUAAAUAAUAACCGGCAUAACAAGAGAUAUCGCAGCACAAUUAAGAACGAUAACCUC